GCUAGCUUUGAAGCUGGGCUCUCCUAAACAUUCUCUCUCUAAGGGGGAUAAAAUACUGAAAAAUACUUGGUUUAAACUGCUGCCAAAACUCUUAUAGUUUGUACCACUUCUGGAAAAGACCCUGGGGACCAGCACUGGAAUCCUUUCUAUUGAUUGGCUGGUUAAAUAGAGGCCUAUUAGAUUCAGACAGGCUAGAUUGAUUAUACAGCAGCAGAAGGAGCUUAGACUCAGAGCUGAGAGAGCAAGAGAGGGAGAGAGUAUGUACUACAGCAUCAGUAUGUGACUGCUGGUGCCUGAUAACACUGAUACCUAGCUCCCUCAGUGGACAACUUACUGAGCUACCUUUUUCCUUCACGAGAGGAUGCCAGCCUCAAGCUUGUGCAAGCGAUGAUAGACUGGACCUUGGAAUAGUUCAUUUUACUUAUCUCCUAACAAGCUGCAUCUCUGAAGAAGAGGUUCAUUACUGAAAACAAAAAUUUGCCCUCUCCCCACUAAACCCACACAGCAUUGAUGAUAUACACAGUUUGAUCCUCCAGUGAAAGUUUGUGAGCCUUCCACGUCCACCCCUUGAUAUCUUCAUGGGAGAUGCUCAAGAUUGUUUAACCAACAUGCAUUUCUGAGCUGUGGGCUACUCAUCAAAUAAAAGAAUAUUUCAAAAGAGAAGACAUUUUGGAACAACAAAGGGAGAUUCUAAAAAAGGUUGCACCAGAGGCUCACAUCAAAAUUCAUAAGGCCAGUGCAACCAAUGCAAGAGCUGAAGACGAAAAGACAGCUGAGAAAAUAAUUCUCUGGAGAAAUUAGGAUACCUGUGUGUUUGAGCAUUGCAGAAGCAGUAAGAUUGGCUUGGCAGAUUGAGUGAGAGAAGGGAAGCACACAGCUACCAUUGGGCAGUAUAAAAUGGUUGGCUGUGGCAGUCUAUUGUGAAGACCUCGGAACAAAUACCAGAAAUUUCUCCACUCAGUUCUUCAUGAUGUAAAUGCAGUGUGACCUUUCCCCAAUGGGCAGUUAAACCAUGGACAUACGAAAAAAAAACAUUUUGGACUGUUUUUCUAAACCAGGCUUCACCUUCCCUCUCGGGGACCUAUUAAGGGAUUACAUCUGAAAAGAAAAGCAAAAGAGAGAAGGAAACAUUGAACUGGAAAGUUAUCCUACAAUGAGAAUUAUGAGCACAUCUUGUAUCUGCCCAGUCCUAGUUUGUCUCUGUUUUGUGCAGAGGUGUUAUGGAGCUGCUCAUCAUGGCUCCAUCAAGGUGACCAGAAAUCAAACCAAACACAUAGAAGGUGAAACAGAAGUGCACCAUCGUCCCAAGCGUGGAUGGGUAUGGAACCAGUUCUUUGUUUUAGAAGAACACCUGGGACCAGAUCCCCAGUACGUGGGAAAGCUACACUCCAAUUCUGACAAAGGUGAUGGAUCAGUCAAGUACAUCCUUACUGGAGAAGGGGCUGGAACUAUAUUUAUUAUUGAUGACACUACCGGAGACAUCCAUUCAACCAAAAGCCUAGAUCGAGAGCAGAAGACACACUAUGUGCUGCAUGCUCAGGCUAUUGACAGACGGACAAACAAGCCACUCGAGCCUGAAUCAGAGUUCAUUAUCAAAGUGCAGGACAUCAAUGAUAAUGCACCAAAAUUUACAGAUGGACCUUACAUUGUUACUGUGCCAGAGAUGUCUGAAAUGGGUACCUCUGUUCUACAGGUGACAGCUACAGAUGCAGAUGACCCUACCUAUGGGAACAGUGCCCGGGUGGUAUACAGUAUUCUUCAGGGACAGCCAUACUUCUCUGUUGACCCUAAAACAGGAGUCAUCAGGACCGCCUUGCAUAACAUGGACAGGGAAGCCAGAGAGCAUUAUUCUGUUGUCAUUCAAGCCAAAGAUAUGGCUGGGCAGGUCGGAGGGCUAUCGGGGUCAACAACUGUAAAUAUUACACUCACUGAUGUCAACGACAAUCCACCAAGGUUUCCUCAGAAACAUUAUCAGCUGUAUGUUCCUGAAUCAGCCCAAGUUGGAUCAGCAGUAGGCAAAAUCAAGGCAAAUGAUGCAGAUGCUGGCUCUAAUGCAGACAUGAAAUACACAAUUAUAAAUGGUGAUGGCUCUGGAGUGUUUUCCAUAUCCACUGACAAAGAGACACGGGAAGGAAUUAUUUCCCUGAAGAAGCCACUCAACUAUGAAAAAAAGAAAUCCUAUACACUUAAUAUAGAAGGAGCAAAUACACACCUUGAUUUCCGUUUUUCACAUUUGGGACCAUUUAAAGACGUAACAAUGUUGAAGAUCAUUGUUGGGGAUGUGGAUGAACCUCCACUAUUCUCUAUGCCUUCCUAUGUCAUGGAAGUUUAUGAAAAUGCGAAGAUUGGGACUGUUGUUGGUACAGUGGCAGCACAAGAUCCUGACAGCGCUAACAGCUUAGUAAGGUAUUUCAUUGACCAUAAUACAGAAGAAGAUAGGUAUUUCAUCAUUGAUGCUAACACUGGAACCAUUAAGACUGCCAAGAUCUUUGACAGAGAGGAAACGCCUUGGUACAACAUCACAGUUGCUGCUUCUGAGAUAGACAACCCUGGCCUGCUAAGCCAUGUUCCAGUUUAUAUUAGAAUCCUGGAUGUCAACGACAACCCUCCAGAGCUUGCCAGAGAAUAUGAUGUAGUUGUCUGUGAGAAUGCAAAGCCCGGGCAGGUCAUUCAGACUAUCAGUGCCACUGACAAAGAUAACUCUGCAAAUGGGCCAAGAUUCCAUUAUUCUCUUGAUGAAGGCCUUUCUUUGAAUCCCAACUUUACCCUAAGGGACAAUGAAGAUAACACAGCCAGUAUCCUGACCAGACGGAGGAGAUUCAGUCGAACUACUCAAGAUGUCUACUACCUCCCGAUUUUGAUUUCUGAUAGUGGAAUCCCUUCUCUCAGCAGCAGCAGCACCCUUACGAUCAGGGUCUGUGCAUGUGAGAGAGAUGGGCGCGUUCGGACCUGCCAUGCCGAAGCUUUCCUUUCCUCAGCUGGUUUGAGCACAGGAGCCUUAAUUGCAAUUCUGCUCUGUGUCAUCAUUCUUCUGGCAAUUGUGGUCCUUUUCAUUACAUUAAGACGCAGCAAAAAGGAGCCCCUGAUCAUUUCCGAGGAGGAUGUUCGGGAAAACGUUGUCACGUAUGAUGACGAGGGUGGUGGAGAAGAGGACACUGAAGCGUUUGACAUCACAGCCCUGCGGAACCCAUCAGCUGCUGAGGAGCUGAAGUAUCGGAGGGAUGUGCGUCCUGACGUGAAGCACGCACCUAGGCACCAGCCUUCUUCAAGCCUGAACAGUAUAGAUGUUCAUGAAUUUAUUAAACAAAGAUUGGCAGAGGCAGAUCUCGAUCCCAGUGUGCCUCCCUAUGACUCCAUACAAACAUAUGCAUAUGAGGGUCAUAGAUCAGAAGCCGGAUCUAUCAGCUCUCUGGAUUCAGUCACUACACACUCUGACCAGGAUUAUAAUUACCUUGGUGACUGGGGACCAGAGUUUAAGAAGUUAGCUGAACUCUAUGGAGAAAUAGAAUCAGAAAGAACAACUUAGUUACCAUUCCUGGAACAAGAAGUGUUUUAGUUCCCAAACAGGAGAGAGAACCACAGCAGCGGUAACAAGAAAUGAAUACGGUACUUGGAACUGAGCAAGGUGUACACAGUUACUGUAGAAACAAGUGCCCUUUUCAUAUUUGAAACUGGGUUCUUCAACUGGAAGAAAAUCAAAUUUUGAAAAAUACAGAAAAAAAAAGAAACAAUUGUCCUUUGUGUAUAUUUUUUAAUUGCUCAAUAAAGUCUGUGAUACCAUAUCCAUAACAAUACCUAAAA